AUGCAGAGGGGGCACGCACAGGAAAGGGACCCCUUUGCACUCCGAUCCCUCCAGGAAGUGGUGGUCUCCCCUAGCUGCGGGGACCCCCAGCCCUGGCGAAAGAGAGGGGAGGCGCCCCCGCUCGCGCCCCAGUCUGAAACCCGCGGCGCAGGUGGCUCGGCCCCGGCCGUUUGUGUCCAGAGCGGGCGAGCCCCCUACCGGCCGCCUCCGGCCCCACCGCUUGGCCGCAUCGGGGCGAGCAGCGAAACGAGAGCCGGCGACUUUGGCUGGAGCUGCGCGCGGCCGCCCCGGGGAUUCUGGCCUCGGCCACGAGGCUUAGCGCCCCCGGGCUCCCACGGCCCGCGGGUCGAACUGACGCAUCCCUUCGCCUCCGCACCGCCCACCCGGGCGCGAAAGGUCCGCGCGCUGCGAGGCGCGGCAGCACCACCAGGUGGUCGUGUCGGGUCACUGCGCCUGCAGCGCCGGAAGGGAGAGGCCAGGCGGCGCAGAGGAGAGAUCACGGCCAUCCAGGAGGUGAGUGGGAUCAAGGUGCUGUACGAGGCGGAGCUGGCAGACGCCCGCAGGGUCUUGGACGAGACGGCCCGGGAGCGCGCCCGGCUGCAGAUUGAGAUUGGGAAGCUGAGAACUGAGCUGGAGGAAGCCAGCAAGAGCGCCAAGAAGCGGGAGGGCGAGCUCACAGUAGCCCAGGGCCGUGUCAGGGACCUGGAAUCCCUGUUCCAUCGCAGCGAGGCGGAGCUGGCUGCUGCCCUCAGCGACAAGCGCAGCCUGGAGAGCGACGUGGCCGACCUGCGGGCCCAGCUCGCCAAGGCGGAGGACGGCCACAGCGUUGCCAGAAAGCAGCUGGAGAAGGAGACGCUGAUGCGGGUGGACCUGGAGAACCGCUGCCAGAGCCUGCAGGAGGAGCUCGACUUCCGCAAGAAUGUGUUUGAGGAGGAGGUGCGGGAGACACGGCGACGGCAUGAGCACCAGCUGGUGGAGGUGGACAGCAGCCGGCAGCAGGAGUACGACUUCAAGAUGGCGCAGGCGCUGGAGGAGCUGCGCGGCCAGCACGACGAGCAAGUGCGCCUCUACCGCCUGGAGCUGGAGCAGACCUAUCAGGCCAAGCUGGAGAACGCCAAGCUGAGCUCCGACCAGAACGACAAGGCGGCCAGCGCCGCCCGCGAGGAGCUGAAGGAGGCCCGCAUGCGGGUCGAGUCCCUCAGCUAUCAGCUGUCCGGCCUCCAGAAGCAGGCCAGUGCUGCUGAGGACCGCAUCCGGGAGCUGGAGGAGACCAUGGCUGGGGAGCGGGACCGGUUCCGGAAGAUGCUGGAUGCCAAGGAGCGGGAGAUGACCGAGAUGCGGGAUGUGAUGCAGCAGCAGCUGGCCGAGUACCAGGAGCUACUGGACGUGAAGCUGGCCCUGGACAUGGAGAUCAGCGCCUAUCGCAAGCUGCUGGAGGGCGAGGAAGAGAGGCUGAAGCUGACUCCCAGCCCAUCUUCAAGGGUGACCAUCUCCCGGGCCACCUCGAGCAGCAGCAGCAGCGUGUCCACGGCGGGGCGCCCUGGCCGCAGCAAGCGGAAGCGCCUGGAGGUGGAGGAGGCGCUGGGCUCAGGUUCCAGCGGCAUCGGCACGGGCUCCGGCGGCAGCAGCAGCAGCACCACGGCCAGCAGCUUCCAGCUGUCCCAGCAGGCGUCUGCCACAGGCAGCGUCAGCAUUGAGGAGAUCGACCUGGAGGGGAAGUUCGUGCGGCUGAAGAACACUAACAGCAAGGACCAGUCCUUGGGGAACUGGAGGAUCAAGAGGCAGAUGGUGGGCGGGGAUGAGAUCGCCUACAAAUUCACGCCCAAGUACGUCCUGCGUGCUGGACAGACGGUCACGGUGUGGGCAGCAGGCGCAGGCGUGGCCCACAGUCCCCCAGCCACACUCGUGUGGAAGAGCCAGAGCAGCUGGGGCACGGGUGAGAGCUUCCGCACGGUCCUGGUGAACGCCGACGGGGAGGAGGUGGCGAUGCGCAUCGUGACACAGUCCUCGGUGGUGCGGGAGGCCGAGAAUGGCGAGGAGGAGGAGGAGGAGGAAGCAGAGUUUGGCGAGGAAGACCUUUUCCACCAGCAGGGGGACCCACGAGCCACCUCCAGGGGCUGUCGCGUGAUGUAAACGGACCUCUUCACCCCCAUCUUCACCGAGGCCACUGAAGACUAUUUUUAUAUCA